CUGUUGGCCCAUCUGGGACGCCAACAAGACCCGACAAUGGACAAUGCUAGUGACUAACUGGCACCAAGACGAGACCAUCCACUCGCUCGAGGGGUUGGUGCCGUUCCCAAUUUUUCCCUCUCCUUCACUCCUCCAAAAGCCUCAACUCCUCACCGACCAUCUUGGCCCAGUUUACUGGGCUAGAUAUCUGCCCUGAUCCGGGCCAAUACCCUUCGUCCUUGCAUUGUCGCGGUCUCAGACGCGGCACUCCCAAAUCACAAGGUCGACCUCUUCCGCGCGCAGGACAGCAGGACAGCAGCGGUCAGAAUGCCGCGACAUACGUCCACGUGGAGCCGGUUCCUCGGAUGGGAUCGGCACUCCAGGCACGAUCAUCAUGACCGGAACGGGUGGUGGGAUGAGUCGAGACAACGUCCUCCCGAGCUACCGCGACGACUCGGUCCAGUCGGCCAUCCCCGCCAAAGCCGUCACCGAAGUGGCUCUGCGCAUCCGCCACUUGAUCGAGGAAUGCGUGCCGUGCGAGCUCCAGACGGAGCAGGUGACAGCCCCGCACAGCAAGGUCAUCACCUCCAGGGUCAUCCAGGCCGCCAAGGAAGCCGGAGGCCGCGAGCACGGAGCCUGCGUUGUGUUCUGCCUCCUGGUCAACAAGCGCUGGUGGCGCCACCAGGCCCAGAUUGAGCUCUGGGACGCCGAGCUGCACCAGCUCCGCGCCGUCGCCUGCGAGGUCGUCGCCAAGAAGCUCAUCGAGUCCGAGGAGGACGAGGAACGCCUCCUGCACUCAAUCCUGCUCAAGCGCUACUCCAUCGUGGUCGACGGCCACCCAACCCACCCCGUCAACGUCAUCGAGAAGGCCGUCGACCUGCACGCGCUGCGCGUCAUUGGAUCCUCAGGCUACCAAAAGUGCAUCAACCACCUCUGGCGCGGCUGGCUGGUCCAGGACGAGAAUGACCCGGCCAACUUUGUCGACUACAAGGACAGGGACAACACGUCCUACUAUGCCCACCUGGACCCCGACCGCAUGCGUGCCCCCAUGUACCAGAACGCCACUCAAAUGCUCUUUUCUUUCCUGUACCUCGGCCUUUUUACCAUUGCCAUGAACACGGUCAAUGAAGACAGUCUCUUCGACGUGGUCGAGGUCUUCCUUUACCUCUUCACUUUUGGCUUCAUCUGCAAUGAAAUCACCAAGUUUUGGAAGGCUGGCUAUCACAUAUUCAGUUUUUGGAGCGCCUUCAACGCGAUUCUGUACGGCCUGCUUUCCACCAGCUUCGUCUUCCGCUGCAUGGCCCUGAGCCACGGGCAGGGCGAUCCCGCUCGUCACCACUACAGCACGCUCAGUUACAGCUUCCUCGCUGUCAGCGCCCCCAUGUUUUGGGCUCGGCUGCUGCUCUAUCUCGACAGCUACCGCUUCUUUGGCGCCAUGCUGGUGGUGCUCAAGGUCAUGAUGAAGGAGUCCAUCAUAUUUUUUGCUCUGCUCGUUGUCAUCGUUAUUGGUUUCCUCCAAGCCUUUGUCGGCCUCGACUACGCCGAUGAUCGGGUCAUCGAGGACAUCUUUUUCAUCGUGCAGUCCAUGGCUAAUGCCGUCAUGCAGUCUCCCGACUUUAGCGGCUUUGAGCGGUUUCAGCCGCCGUUUGGCUUGAUCCUGUACUACUGCUUCACCUUCGUUGUUAUGGUUGUCCUCCUCAACAUUCUCAUUGCCCUCUACAACUCGGCCUACGAGGACAUCUACGAUAAUGCCAACGACGAGUAUCUCGCCAUGUUCGCCCAAAAGACCAUGACUUUUGUCCGCGCCCCCGACGAAAACGUCUACAUCCCGCCCUUCAACCUCAUCGAGCUCUUCGUGACCCUGCUGUUUGAGUGGUGGAUGGACAAGAAGACAUACGAGCGCAUCAACGACAUCGUCAUGGGCGUCAUCUACUCGCCCCUCUUGCUCAUCUCGGCCUACUUCGAGGUGCGCUGGGCCCGCGACAUCCGCGUGAACCGCGCCCGCGGCGACGCCGACGACGACACGGUCGAGGAGUGGGAGCAGAUGCUGGGCCAGGUCGACUUUGAGUUGGACGGCUGGAAGAAGAAGGUCGACGCGGCAAAGAGUAAUCUCGAGGUAGAGCCUGCCGUGGCGGAGGUUAUGAAGCUGAGGGAGGAGGUGGAGCAGCUCAAGGAGUUGAUUGUGUCUUUGCAGAAGACGUUGGGCGAGGCCAACCGAGAAAAGAACGGCAGUUAGCGACGUGCGCAGGUUCCACAGUCUUGUUAAUUUGAAGCGGGGCGAGUUACUGGAACCCGGUGGACAUGUGGUUCACUUGGGCUUGGCGGCUAUUUAUUUGAAGCCGGCGUUUGGCGUCAUGUAGCAGGCCGGCCAGAACGGGGAGCAAGCACUGACAAACACACCAUAAUAAAGAAUGGACAUUUUCUUGAAUAAGAACUAGCCACCCUUGGACUUCAAUAUCCAAC